AUGGACGGAAAGAAAAGGGUAAGGUUAAGUGGGGCAGAGUAUCGCAAGAGAGCUAAAGAAAGAGAUGAUGAACAAGAAGAUACGAUUAAAAAAACACGGAAAUUAGACGAUUUCUUUGGAAAACUUGAUGUUCCAAGUAGUAGUGGCGCUCCGUCAACUGAUGAUUCUGCAGUGUCUUCAAGUGAAAAUACUUUGAUCGAUGUGGCAAGCAUAUCGAAAGAACAAGCCGAAGAUGUCCCUCUAGUACCAGGAGUGGCAGGAGUAGAAGUGCAGCCCAAUCCUACGGACCAGGAGCUCUACGAAAUCAGCGACGAUCCAGCUAAAUGGACAAUCGACGAGUUCACGCGUGAUCACAUUUGUAAGAACGGAGCCAAUCAAAACAUCCAAAAUGAUUUUCCUAAAAGUGAGCGCAUUUACAAAGAUAAAGCGCGACAGUUGUCGAGACAUUUAUUCGAACGUCAGCUUCUGAACGGUGAAAAAGUUCCGCGAAAGUGGCUAAUUUAUUCCAAAAGUACUGGAUGUGUUUUUUGUGGUCCUUGUCUGCUUUUUAAUAGCGGGGAGAAUCAGUUCGACAAAAAAGAAGGUUUCAAUGACUGGAAAAAUUCAUAUCAUCGAGUGUCAACUCAUGAGAAUUCGCCUACUCACAAAUUAUCUGUUCUGCAUAUGAAAGAACGAAGCAACGUGCUAGGUCGCAUUGACCGCGCAUUAACAAUGCAAUUAGAUGAAGAAAUAAAUUACUGGAGAAACAUUCUGAAAAGAGUAGUUGCAUGCGUAAAAGCGCUUGCGUCACGUGGUUUGCCUUUCAGAGGACACGAAGAAAAAUUUGGAUCAAUCCACAAUGGAAAUUAUUUGAUGUCCUUAGAGCUUAUCGCUGAGUUCGAUCCGUUCUUAGCCAAACACAUUACACGUUAUGGAAAUCCAGGCUCAGGAUUUACGAGUUAUCUUUCUUCAACAACAUGCGAAGAAUUCAUUCGACUUAUGGGAAACAAAGUUUUGGAAACAAUUGUUAUGGAAAUAUCAACCGCAAAAUAUUUUUCUCUGAUUAUUGACUCGACACCGGAUAUAUCUCACGUAGACCAGCUCACUUAUGUUAUCAGAUAUGUCCUGCCUAAUGGGUCACCUGUAGAACGGUUCCUCAAGUUUAUUCCAAACACAGGCCACAAAUCACAACAAAUGGCAGAUGCUGUUACCUCAACUUUAACUGAAUUGGGAAUUGACAUUUCAAACUGCCGCGGGCAAUCAUAUGACAAUGCAGCUAACAUGUCAGGCAUAUACAACGGCCUGCAAGCUAAAAUAAUGGAAAUUUCACCCCUUGCCGACUAUGUUCCCUGUUCAGCACACUCGCUUAAUUUAGUAGGUGAAUGUGCUGCUGAAAGCAGCCAAGAGGCUUGUUCGUUCUUUUUUCUACUCCAAGAGUUAUACAAUUUCUUUGCAGCGUCAACUCAGCGUUGGGAACUCCUUCAAACCCAUUUCACCGUCAAAAGUCUAUCAACGACUCGUUGGUCAGCUCGUGCAGACGCAUGCAAAAGUUUACGCGAAUCCUGGAAUGAAAUCCAUAAAGCGCUAGUCACCAUCGAAAAUGACACACAACAGAAGAGAACCGUUAUAUGCGAAGCAAGAGGUAUUCGUUUGAAACUGGAACGUUUUGAAACGGCUCUCAUGGCUGUUUUUUGGGGAUGUUUACUAGAUCGCAUUAACGCCACAAGUAAAAAACUUCAGAGUGUGGAAAUUGACAUUACUAUUGUUAUAGAACUGUACGAGGCUUUAAUACAUUUUGUUGGCGAAACAAGAGAGAAUUUCGAUGAAUUCGAAAAAAAAGCGAAUAAACUGUCGUUCGUACAAGAAUAUGAAAAAGAUUUUCGACGCAAUCGAAAGCGUAAGCUGCUUCCUGGCGAGACUAAUACAGGUGAAGAGAUGCAACAAAGUGGCCGUGAAAAUUUUAGAAUACAUACUUUUUUGGUAGUAAUUGAUACAUUGUCAGAAGAACUGAAAAGACGCCGGGAUGCUUAUAAAUUACUCUACAAUAAAUUCCACUUUAUUACCAACCUGAAGAAUCUAAGCAUCUCAGAAGUCGAAGAUAAGGCCAAAGCAUUGCAAAUGAUUUAUUCUACUGACUUAGAAGACAAUUUUACAGAAGAAUGUCUUCAUUUUCGUUCCCACUGCAGCAUAAAAAAUGAGGAGCAAAAGAGUGCAGUCAGUUUGUUGAAAUGGUUACGAACCGAAGGUCUUCAAACCAUUUAUCCAAACGUGGAUAUUGGUCUUCGUAUGUGUGUGUGUACACCCGCCAGUAACUGUACAGGAGAAAGAUCGUUUUCUUGUUUGCGCAGAGUUAAAAACUAUUUACGCACUACAAUGACGGAGCAGAGGCUAAACGAUCUUGCUUUGCUUAACAUAGAAGCUGAUUUUUUAAGGAAAUUGGAUUGCGAAGAUUUAAUUAAUAAUUUUGCUGCGCUUAAGUGCAGACGACGAGUUUUGUAA